AUGAGUGAAAAACAACCUUAUCCAUCUUCGACAGCGUCAACGGCAUCGGAUGCUUUAGAUCAACUCUCACGUGAUGAUCAUGAUGAUAUACAACAUGAUAUAUCGAUCGAUGUUCGAAAAAGGCAUUUGUCUCGUUGGGAUGAAUGUUUAGACAAAAAACUUCAGUCUCAACCACUAAAAAAUCAACCCGAUCAAGACACAACCAUUCAGUCGACACUUGACGAACUUGUUGUUCGAGAAUUUUCACCACGUACGGCUCGUGAUCCAAUCUUACUCAUAUUACGUGAACUUUUCGUGCGUUCAUUCGAUCACUUUUAUAAGGAAAUUGAAGCUGAGCUUAAAAUAAAAUCCGGCAAGACACUUGUUGUAUGGUUACAAGAAACAUUUGAUGAAAUGCAAGAUGAAAUUCUUACUAAAAAGUGUCGAUGUUUUAUGCUAUGCUCAUCUGAUACCGUCAAACAUUACAAGACACAAGGUAUCAUUGGUUUUUUGACUUUAAAGGAAGAAGGUAAUAGAUCUGUCUAUAUUUCUCAAUGCGCAAUUGAUGCCGAAAAUAAACGUCGUGGCUAUGGAGGUCAUCUUCUGCUACAUUUACGUACGAUUUAUCCACCAGGUACUUCUUACUGGGGCUUGUGUCGACGAGCUAAUAGACCAGCUGUAAAGUUUUAUUUGAAGCAAGGCGCAAAAUUCAUCGACAAUGAAGAGGUGGCUACUAAAUAUGACUAUGAUCCAACAUUGUAUACUGGCUUUCAAUUCACUGAUACCAUAGGAUACGUUCAACCGAGUGAUUCUCAUUCAUCGACUUCACCAUCUACCUCUCCCACAACAAUACCAACAUCAGAACCAUUACCAAAACGACGAUUAAAUGCCACGUAUGUUCAUUUUGAAAUAAUUGCUUUUAUUAAUUUCGAAGGUUAUUUGUUAUAUCGAAUGUACAAUAUUCUCACUAUAUAUCGUUACGAAGCUUAAUGACAAAUAUAUUAGACGCAAUUGGAAAAGUCUUUUUCCCGCUUCAAGAAUUUGUUGAGACUUUGUCCUGAAAUUAAUUCCAAUUCUGACGAGCAGAUAUGAAAGAGGAAAGAUUUUUCGAUUACGACGGAAGGUCCUCAAUUGUGAGUCUCAGUUUUGAAUGGAAUAUACAUCAUUUUGUAGAGGUCGACGAGCUGAUUCUGGUGGUAUGUUUCGUUUUUCCACAUAGAACUUCAAAUGAAUAAAACUGAUCGAUUGUACUAGUGGAUAUCUUCACUUUUGAUAAGUUUAAAGAGAGUUGUUAGUUAUACGGAACUUAACCCUUUGGUUGUGGGGUUUUUGGAAAUACAGAAAAAAGUUUGAGUUUGCUCGUCAAAGUCUAGAGUAGGGUAUAUACAUAUGCCCAAGCGAAUCAAUGCAUUGUAUCAGGCUUCAAUCAACGCAAUUAAAUUCUGGAAUAGCAGAGUCGAGUAAAGUAACCUAAAGACUUAUGAAAUCCUUUGCGUAACCCCAUGAAUACUCUUAUGAUCCUAUAUUAUGCAACAGAUUUUAUUAAAUUGAAUUUCUGGUUUUUCGUAAGACUAGAGCUUGAGAAAUGCUCGCAACUUCUCAGCGUAACAAUAGUUCUGGCAUUCUGUGUAAUUUCACAGAUUUCUGUUUCGUUUCGUGCGACUUUGAACGAUUUUGAGUUUAGAAAACCUAUAAAUUCUCAUACACUUCUGAAUUCACAAUUCAUUGUUUUUAACCAUUAUGCAUGCAUAUUGGCAUCAUAUAAUGAUGCUAUGACACUAAAACCAUGGAAUAAAGAAAGAAUACUGUAUGAUUCAAGAAAGAUAGAAGAUUGUAAAAGGUAUACUCUGCAUAAACGCUCAGCCCGCAUAUAUGCGAACCACGUUAACCAAAGAGUUAAAGGAUACUUAAAGUUUAAAUGAUCAAGUUAAAAAACAUAGACAUUGUCAUUAUGUGAUAGUCGGUUAUUAUAUUAUGUUAAGC